AUGUGUAUGUGGUGUACACAUAGUAUCCGCUAUGGUUUCCACUGUAUUCCUCAAGGUGAAGGCAGAAAUAAUGUGUUCUCAGCAAUUGUCACUCACUGGCCCAAGGCACCAAGAGUGGUAGUCUAUGACUUUGCUUGUGCACUGGGGCCAUACUGCCCAACUCGUGAGCCGGAUUAUUUUGCAGAUACACUUUUUGUUGUGGACAGUUUCCAUUCCAAAGGGCACACCAAGUGUGCACCAGCAGCUUUCCUUAGUACCUACGCUAAUGUUGAUCCACAACUAGCCCAAAUAAACUCCAGUGCGGCGAAGUGUGGCAAUAGUUCACUGAAACAAAUCAAAAAAUCAGUCAGCUACAUGUCACAGGAUCGGGCCAUUAUAUACACAAAGGUUUUUCUAUUGAUUGGGAAUUGUCUUAAAAUAUUAAAGUUUGCAGGGUUGGAUAGGUAA